AAUUAACAACAACAACAACAAAUUUUUCAUUUUUUUAAAUAACAUUUUUGCACAUAGUUUAUCGCUAAGAAUGAAGAAGUUUUUCGACGACAUCAAGAAGGAUAUAAAAUUCAAGUCAGCAGGACCAGGAAAGAAACUUACAGAUGACCGCAGCAGCUCUAAACCUCAAGCGCCAAAGGUUCCUCACGGGGCGCCCAGAAAAACACCCACCGAGGGCGCAGAGAAAGCAGGGGCCGCGGCCCUCGCCAGGAUCGAGCAACAGCACCGGCCAGUGUUGAAAACGUCCCAGGAUGCCAUAAGGAAUCAGGUGAAGCUCGAACUUGAAGCAGAGGCGGCUGCCACGGCUGCCAGCCUGAAGAACACUGAUGUCGAGGGGUCUGGUGUUCCGCAGAAGGAUCUGUCUUGUUUCUCAGUGUCGGGAGUUUUCUUUAUCUGUCCUCUCACUGGAAAAACCUUAACAAAGACCGAAAGAGAAAUGCACAUAAAGGAGGCCAUUCUGAUGAGGUUCUCAGAGGAUGCGAUAGAGGCCUCCAUUAUGAUGAUUCACACCUUUAAUAAAGACAAAGAGAAAGUAAAGGCUGCAGUUGACGUCAUUAGCAAGUACGUCGAAAACAUCUGUAAGAAUCCGACUGAGGAAAAGUACAGGAAGAUCAAACUUAGCAAUAAAGUGUUUCAGGAGAAGGUCAGUGGGAUUGAAGGAUCUCGGGAGUAUCUCCAGGCCUUGGGAUUUGAAAGCACCCUGCUGCCAGUAGAUGGCGAAGACAGGACUGAGGAGUUCCUGGUGCUGCCGGCGCAGGAAUCGGAGGCUCUGGAGCAGAUGAAGGCUCAUUUGGAGCGGCUGCAGAAGGGCGAGCCGGUCAGAGCCAAGCUGGACCGUCAGAUGCAGGUCUUCAGACCCUCAAAGCACGCCACACACUUCCAGCUUCCCCCAGACUUCUACAAUCUGACUGCGGAGGAACUGAAAAGAGAACAGCAACUGAAGAGUGAAAUCGUGGAGAGAAACACGAUGCUGCGAACCAAAGCCAUGCGUGAAAAAGAUGAGCAGAGGGAGAGAAGAAAGUACAACUACGUGCUUCUGAGAGUGCGGUUACCGGAUGAAAAUAUACUGCAGGGCACUUUCCUGGCGUGGGAGAGGGUGGCAGCGUUGUACCAGUUUGUGCGUGAUUCUCUAGAGAACGGCUGGCAACCCUUUGAGCUGAUGGCACCUGGAGGACAAAAACUGAAGGAUGAGGAGGAAUUGGCUCUGAAUGAGUGCAACCUGGCCCCAGCAGCUCUGCUGACCUUCUCAUGGGAUGCCGCAGUGCAGGCAGACAUCGCUGCAGCCGGAGGAAAGAAUGUUAUUCUGCUUAAAGCAGCACUGUUAGAGAACAUCAAGACCCUGAGCUGAGCAUUUAGUCUUGCUGUGUCUCCCCGGUCACUGCUGUCCCUGCCUGCGCUCUCUCGCCACUCCUAGUCCACCACCACAAUCCCACACGGUUUCACAGGAUGAGCUCGAUACAUUGAGUGUCCACGGCAUGUGCUAGGUAGAUUUAUAUGGUGCUAAACACAGGUUUUCCUGUCAGUGAUGUUAUGUGGAGUGUUAGCACCGUAUGGGCCAAUUUCCAAACAAUCUGUUCUGUUCUAAUGCAUUGUUGCUUGAGGUAUCAUGACCAGUCAUUAUAUGAUGAUGGAAGAUGCUGGAAAUGAUUGGAAAUGGUCUUUAAGAGGAUCUCUUGUCGUUUAAAGCACUUUUUAGCUACUGCUGAGAGAGAAAUGUCGACGUACCAUAAAAUCUCAGUGACAACAGAAGCACUGUUUGAAAUUUAUCUAACGUGAGCUCUACCACGUUCUGAUUGUCUUAUGUUUUUUAUUUCCUGCUUAACAUAAAUGAAACUACGCAUGAAUGUUCUAACGCAACUUAAAUUAGACAAAAAGCUCUGGUCUCCAACAACAAUCUACCUCCUAAUGCAGAUAAAAAUCCACUCAUUUCAUUUGUCAACAUGUCAGCUAAUGAAUACACCCAAAGUGUAUGGUGCACAUGACAAAUUUCAUCAUCCAGUUGUUGUUUUUUUUGCACUAGUUGUCCACAAGAUUUCAACACUGGCCCAGCUGUGAAUGUGCAAGAUUUCCACUUCAUUAGCCACUAGAUCUAAACUAGAAGAAUAAUAGAGUAAUAACAAAGUGCAGUAAACUGUAAAACUGUUUGCGCUACAAACAUGUUUAUGGUUAUGAUAAUGUAUUAAAAUAUGAUAAAUAUCAGUUUGCAAUAUUUAGCAGCAUAACAGCUAAGAUAACUGGAAGUGAUAAACACCGGAAGCCUUGCAUUUACAAAUGGUUACGUUAAAAAUGACUUCCGGAGAGAAACAGCACAGACCCUAGACGAUAAAUAUAUUAACCAAUAAAUUAAUAUAUUUUGAAAGGCUAUGUGAUGGCAUCCAAGCUCCACCUGAUUUUUAAACACAAAAGCAAACCAUUUACCAUCAACAUGCAAGAAUUUUGCUUCAUUAGAAGCUAGUUAAAUUAUAACUAGCAGUAAAAUGGUAAAUUAUUGUGUUCCAAACAAGUGUUUAUAAUUAUGAAAAAUAUAACAAAUACCAGUUUGCAAUAUUAUGGAGAACAAUGGACCGUUAUUGUAAAGUGGCUGACACCGGAAACCUUGCACAAUCAAGUUAAAAAUGCGCCUGUUUUUGUGAAUACUUUGGGUAUUAGACUGAUUCCGUUGCAGAAGAAUAUUGUCACAAGCUUGUUCCUUUAUUAAACCAUGCUAUAUUAAAAAUGAACAGUGCUUGUAUUUUACACUAUUUUGUCAAGUUCAAAAUGUUGUGUUCUGUUGCAUUUGAUGUAUGAAAUAAAAUGCAUUGUCGAAUGUGAUGCGUGUAUGUGAAAAACCAAAUGUAAAAGUAACUCUUGUACAUGUGAUCACGUUUGGAAAAUGUUUGUUAACAGCAUAUUAAAAAUUGUUCAUUUUUAAAUAAUGCUUUAUUUAAACAAGCUUUGUAGGAAACCCAUUGAAGCAAACUAUGGCGUAGUUUAUUCGAGACUGUUUACACUUCACCAAAAGAAAUGCCAAUGCUGUUGUUUUUUCCCCUGUGUUAGAUGGCCACAUACUAUUUCAGCUUCUACACCAUUGUUCAAAAAAAC